UCACGGUUUGUUCACUGUGUUGUAGCAACGUGGACUUAGUGCUACUAAUAUAGCCUAGGGCUCAUCAGGCCAGCUGGAACAUGACAGACAUAAUAAUGGUCAAGAUGAAAAAUGGCAACAGUGAUUCAGAAAACAUUUGGUGAUAUUUCACUAGACACUGAUGUAAAAGGUGAUAUCUCCUCUUCUGAUAACUCAGGACUAGUUAUGGAUGGCAUAGAUGAAGACAUCAUUGAUCCAUGGACAGUGGUUAGUAAGUCAGCAACGGGAGUUGAUUAUGACAAACUAAUAGCUCGCUUUGGAAGUUCUAAAAUUGACCAAAAUUUGAUUGAUAGAAUUGAGAAAGUCACUGGAAAGCCAGCACACCAUUUACUGAAAAGGGGAAUAUUUUUUUCUCACAGAGAUAUGCAUGAGAUCCUUAACUCUUAUGAAAAGAAGAAGCCAUUCUUCUUGUACACUGGUCGUGGGCCUUCAUCUGAGGCUUUACAUCUGGGUCACCUGAUUCCAUUUGUCUUUUCCAAAUGGCUACAAGAAGUGUUUGAUGUUCCUUUGGUCAUACAACUGACUGAUGAUGAGAAAUUUCUGUGGAAGAACCUCACUGUUGAAGAGGCAAGACACCUAGCUUUGGAAAAUGCUAAGGAUAUUAUAGCAUGUGGGUUUGAUGUUGAAAAGACAUUUAUAUUCUCAGAUUUUGAAUUUAUUGGAAUGUGUCCAGCUUUCUACCAGAAUAUGAUUCGAGUCCAAAGAGGAGUAACCUUCAAUCAAGUGAAAGGUAUAUUUGGAUUUGGUGAAAGUGACUGCAUUGGAAAAAUUUCUUUUCCAGCCACUCAGGCAGCACCAUCUUUCAGCUCUUCAUUCCCUUUCAUUUUUGGAGAUAAAAAGGACAUUCCUUGUCUUAUUCCUUGUGCUAUUGAUCAGGAUCCAUAUUUCAGGAUGACCAGAGACAUUGCACCAAAACUGGGAUUUCGAAAACCAGCCCUUAUUCACUCAGUAUUCUUUCCAGCACUACAAGGUGCACAAACCAAAAUGAGUGCAAGUGAUCCAAACAGCUCUGUUUUUUUAACCGAUACUCCAAAGCAGAUAAAAAACAAGAUUAACAAGUAUGCCUUUUCUGGUGGAGGGGCUACAGUUGAAGAGCACAAAGAAAAAGGAGGCAACUGUGAUGUGGAUAUAUCUUACCAGUACUUGCGGUUCUUUAUGGAGGACAGUGACAGGCUGGAUGAAAUUAGAAAAGACUAUUCUUCAGGAGAACUGUUGACGGGGUAUCUAAAGAAGGAACUUAUCACUAUCUUACAAGGAAUCAUUGCAGAACAUCAGGAACGUAGAAAAACUGUAACCGAUGAAGUUGUUAAACAGUUUAUGACACCUCGAAAACUUAAACUCAACCUCUAAAUUUAUUGUACUAACUUAAAUUAAAAGUGAAAAUGGAAAAACUAAAAAUUCUUUUUUUGUGCUUGUAAAUAUAUAAAAUAGCAUCAGACCACAUUAAAAAAAUUAAAAAUCAUUGAUAACUGAAUUAAUUAAUUUUUUCUUCAUACCGACAGUAUACGCAGCUAGUUAAAAGACAGAUGCUUAUUCUCAUCAUGACAACUUUGAACAACUGUGGUAAUAAAUGGUUUUAGGUUUGUCAUAAUACAGUGAGAACGACAUUUAGCUUGAGCUAACAACAGUUUUUCUAUGGGAAAUACUACACAGCAAAAACUAUUGUUUGGUUAUGAAACACAUAGAAUAGUGUUUUUCAGUUAUUGUUAUACUCUUAAGAACUUAUGAUCCUGUUUAAAGAAAUAAGUCACAUUCUUAUACAUUGUGUCUAGAAGUAAGAGUAAUGGUUUCCUUCAUAAAUUUUAGUAUUUUUGAGAACUGUAUAAAGUAAAUUGAACAUAAUAUAAUAUAUUCAUGUAUAUUUAAUUUUAAAGUUUACUUUUAUCACUGUGUAGUGAAAACUCGUUAAUUUGAAAGCAGUUACUUUAAUUACAGUGAAUUCUUAUUAAUAGCAUGUGUUAGCAGUUGAUAAAUGUUAGGGUGUAAACUAGUAAGGGUUGACAUGCAAUUGUUAAAAAACAAUUGUAUGUGCAAUAAAGUUAUCUGUUUAUUUUUUAUAUAUUGUCAUUAGUUAUACAAAUUAAAUGUUCAAUGUGGCAUAUUAUGUCAUGAUGUACAUGUAAGUCACCAGUUUGUUCAAACCAGUAACUUAUAGAAUAUAUAGUACAGGUAUUGCAUCCUGUAUAAACCUGUAUCUCAUUUGAAUGAUGCUGAUAUUUCUACACAUCUUCUUUUUGGAGCACUGUAACUUGACAUGACUGUAGCAUAAACCACUCUGAUGACCUCUCAACACCUGUUAUGGUUUGUCUACACAACCCUAUUGGGAAGGUCAUUCUAAGAAAAUUUAUUGAAAACUGGUACUCUCUGCAAUUGUAGAUAUCUUAUGGUCAGUAAUUAUCACCCUGUUUCAUGUCCUGAUCGACCCCCUACUAAACUCUCAUGGUGUCAUCUAUGAAUUACUAAACCAUUUAUUCAUAGAAACUGCAUGUUUGUUAUAAGAAAUAGCCGUUUAGAUUCUGAACAUGAACAUAUGGAUUAUUAAUUAAAUUUCCAGUUGCGAAGAUUUACCAUGUGAAAAAUCACCCAGAUUAUCUAUGUCCGAAAAACGAGGGUUCAAUGUAAUUCUGAACACAGUGCGGUACUAACGUUAAAAAAAUUUACAUGUAAUGUAAAUGAGAUAUAAAGCUCACAAUGGAAUGCAGUAAAUAUUGUGUGAUAAACCAAUUGUUAUUGUAAUGAUUGUAGUGAAAUGCAUGUAUUAGAAUGGUUGUUCAGCAAGAACACUAAAUUUAAUUCUUUCAUCCACAUUAGUAACACUUAAAAUGUUUAUCUUGUUUGUAAAUACAUGAUAAAACGUUUUUGCUGUUUUUUUGUACUUUUCUGUUUUUAGGUGUUAGUAUAAGAAAAAUAAUAUAUUGAAACAAUGAUUCAGUAAGUCACUUGUUUGUGUAUUGUUUUUCACUAUGACAUAAUUUUUGGGCUUGUACAUAAUAACUGUAGUUUUAUAAUAAUCAAAGUGGAGAGUCUGUAGUUCUUAUGCUAACAUUCAUUGCUUUAGUAUUUUUUUUUUGCAUAAUACCUAGUUCUUUCAGCUAUAGUCUUCAUAAGUACUCAAUCAUAACAUCUCCCAUUAUAGAAAAUAAAUUUUUGUAUAUAAAUUGAUGUGAGGAUGACAAAGUCAUGGUUCAAGAUGUUUAGAGACAAAACAUAGAUAUAACUUGUAUGUAUUCAGUUUUAGUAACACAUGCUUUAUGUUUGUUAUUCCAGUAUCUAACUUGUAUGUAUUCAGUUUUAGUAACACAUGCUUUAUGUUUGUUAUUCCAGUAUCUAGGAAUAUCACUGCAUCUACAACUUUGCUUCUAAGAAAUAUAUAGGACAUAAAUAACCUGUAAUAUCUGAUCCUUUUAUUUUGCUUCUUGGUAUUGUAUAGUCUGGUGUACAACAAUCCCAACAAAGGCUUAAUUUAAAGAAUAAGCUUAAAAUGAUGAGGUGUUUGAUAUAAGUGUUCACUUUUAAGGUUUAACAAGUAAUAGAUGAUAUGUUAAGAGUCAUUUCUAAGUAGCUUGGCUAAAUCAUACAUAAUAAAAUAUUUAUCAGAAAAUCCAAAUCAUGCACUUGCGGACCAUUGACAAAAAAAAAAAAAGAUAAGUAUAGAUUAUUAAAUUGAUGUUUGUGCAUGGGAAUUUGAAGUGUUGUUGAUUUUUCAAUGUUACCUAUGGAAGAACUUUUUUUUAGCCCCAUAGGUUCAGCAGAGUAGAAUUUUAACCAUGCUCUCAGGUGUUAGUAACUAAUUUAAAGUCCAGUUUUCUGUAUCAGUUGUUUUUUAUAGUGUAGGAUUAAUGCUAGUGUUUACCCUGAACUUAAAAAACUUAAUAAAAACUUACAUAAAACAA